AUGAACCACGAUCCAUUUCAGUGGGGCAGACCAUCUGAUGCUCAUUAUGGUAAUUAUAACAAAAAAAUUGCGGAGGCUUCUCCUUACCCUAAGAUGAAUACUCAGCAACCAAUCGUAACAGGUACUUCUGUAAUUUCAAUGAAAUAUGAUAACGGUGUGAUUAUUGCCGCUGAUAAUUUGGGUUCUUACGGCUCUUUGCUACGUUUUAAUGAUAUUGAAAGAUUAUUUCCUGUGGGAAAGAACACCGUUGUAGGAAUCUCAGGGGACAUCUCAGAUAUGCAGCAUUUGGAAUACUUGCUUGAGGAUAUUCAAACGGAAAACAACUAUGACAAUCAGUAUGCUAAUGAGGAGGAAGCUCUAAAGCCCAGCUAUGUUUUUGAAUAUCUUUCUAACGUCAUGUACAAUCGUAGAUCAAAGAUGAAUCCCCUUUGGAAUGCCAUAAUUGUUGCAGGCAUAGAAGAUGGCAAACCAUUCUUAAGUUAUGUUAAUUUACUGGGUGUCACAUACUCCUCCCCAUCAUUAGCAACUGGUUUCGGUGCCCACUUGGCAUUGCCUUUGCUGAGGAAGGUUGUUGAUGACGAAUCUGACGUGGAAAAGACCAGUAUUGAAAGCGCCAAAGCGGCCAUUAUUGAGUCCAUGAAAGUUUUGUUUUACCGGGACGCUCGUUCUUCAAGAAAAUAUUCCCUAGCGAUUGUUGAUAAAGACGAAGGUUUAAUAUUUGAGAAAGGCCUACAAGUUGAAAACAUGGCUUGGGGGUUUGCUAAGGACAUCAGGGGUUAUGGGACACAGAAAGUGUAA